UUUUUUGCAUUUCACUGACUGUCCUAACUUUUCUGUAAUUGUGUUUGAAUGAGUAUAGCAUUUUAUUCUUUUUUUUCUCCACUUUAUUCUUUUUUCUGCUCUUAUGCGUUUUUGCUAUUAUUUUCCUGUACAGCUGUGAAGUGAUUGAGCUGCUCUGUGUAUGAAACGUUUAUUAGGCUUCAAAGCAUGUAGUGCUGGAACCCUAUUGUAAUUGUUCAGAUCAUUAUUACACUCACCAGCAGCAAAUUAGUUUCAAGCAAAGAAGGCAGCAGUUUACUUUGCUCUCUUCAGAGUUUACACCACUGGUUCUUCCUCCUGCUGUUUGUAAGGAACCAGAAACACGAACAGAAACAAACUGUGAGGUGUAGUGCAUAGCAAUAAAAGUAAGAUGAACACCUUUCUGAGGAUUCUGUCACUGUUCCAAGUUCUGAUCUGCGUGGAAAUGAAGAGCCAGAUUGGAAAUGUUUUUACUGGAACAGAAGGAGGCAGUGUGAAAAUCCCCUGUAAUUAUCCAGAUGAAUACCAAUAUAUGGCCAAAUACCUUUGCCGCGAUCCAUGUGGUUAUUCUGAUGUUUUAAUUAAAACCAAGAUUUCUAACAAAAUCAUCACUGAAGGCAGAUACUCUAUACUGAACACUGUGUCUGCCUGGAGCUUUUUUUCUGUUACCAUUAAAAACCUCAGAUUAGGAGACUCUGGGGUUUAUUACUGUGGAGUGGAUUUAUGGGGAAAAGACAUACUCAGUAAAGUAGAGGUCACUGUUAUGAAAGUUCACACAUCACCCAUCAUGACACCUGCUUCAGAAUCCAGCACACAAAGUGACCACCAACUCACACAAAGCACAGUUACAGCCAUAGCAACAGCAUCUGCAUUUGGAUAUAACAUGCCGACAUACCCAAGACCAGCCUCUUCUUUAACUGCUUCAGGUCCACGACUCCAAAGUACUUCUACAACAUCAGUGUCUGCAGCUGAGCUGGUGGUGUUUGGAGUGCAGUGUGGAGUAGUGUGUGCUCUGCUGGCUGCUCUUCUUCUCUUUCAUUGGCGAAGCUCAACUACUUGCACCUGUUCUUCAGCCAUUUGUACAAAGUGAAUACAGCCAAAUUCAAAACACACACACACACACACACACACACACACACACACACACACACACACACACACACACACACACACUAACUAUACUGCUUAUCAUCCUGAGUCGUGGGGGGCUGCAGCCUUUCCCAGCGGUCAUCAGAUCCUGGAUAGGCUGACAGUACAUUACAUUGCAGACACACCAACAAAUACACUGACAUGCACAUUCACAUCUAGGUGCAAUUUAGUGUGUCCAUUUGGCCUGACUGCAUGUCUUUGGACUGUGGGAGAAAACCCACACAGUCACGGGCAGAACAUGCAAACUCCACAUAAUUGUUGCCGGUUUCAAAAAACUUGUAUCAAUUUAAAAUGAUAAAGUAAUUGAUUUCACAACUUUUUGAGCUUCUUCAAAAGUUCUCCUAACUCACUCUGUGGUUUAGUUAGGACAUGCUGUUUAAUUUGAGAAAAACUCAAAAACAAACAAAAAAAUCUUAAGUGCUUCAAGUGUUCACCUGCCCUAUUGUCAGAUCACACUUUUUUAAUCCAGCAAUCCACUCCAAUAAGGAGUAGAAAAUCCUUAUCCCCCCCCCCCCCCCCUCACAGAACUGCAGAUGGAAAUUAACAAUGAACAAAAUACACAGUAAAAGGAAACUAAAUUACAUUUUUACAUUAAGCUCAACUUAUUGACCUAACUGAGGAGCACAACUACAAAUGUGAAUUUGUACAAAUGUGAAUCUUGUAAGUCGCUCUGGAUAAGAGCGUCUGCUAAAUGCUGCAAAUGUAAAUGUAAAUUAAGUUCACAAGUUGCUGAAAGGCACUCAUUUAGAAAUUAACAUAUUGCCUAAGAGCACUUUUUAAAAGUAAAAUUUCUACAUGUUACAUUUAUAUUUUGCUGUCUUCAGGUUUGGAAAUUGUCAUUUUUUCUACCACAUAUUGUAAAUGUGUUAAGUUUGAGGAUGUGAUUAAAUGUUUUGAAGCCUUUUUUAAACAAUAAAAUUGCUUGUGAUCAAUGA